GCGGCGGCAGCGGCCGGAGCCCGGUGAGGCGGCGGCGGAGCUCGGAGGCGGCCCCAGCGCAGGAUUUCCAUUCCCAGUCUGUGCGUGGAUGGAGGAGGAAAAGCCCCAGAGAUCCCUCAUGAGGAGAGGCUGCAAACCCAGCCCAGGGAGCUGUGAGGAGGAAAGACCCUCCCUGAGCCGGGAAGGCGGCCGGAGAUCCAGGCAGAGCUCAGAGCUGGUGGAGAAGCCUCCUGGAGGGGAGAAGCCCCACAAGUGCUUGGAAUGUGGUAAGGGUUUCAGGCAGAGCUCCCACCUAUUCCGGCGCCGGAGUAUCCACGCUGGGGAAAAGCCGUAUGAGUGUGGGGAAUGUGGGAAGAGCUUCAGCCAGAGCUCCAACCUGAACCGGCACCAGGUGAGUCACACAGGGGAACGGCCCUACACCUGCUUGGAAUUUGGGAAGAGCUUUGGGUGGAGGUCUGACCUGAGAGACCACGAGCAAACUCACACCGGGGAGAGGCCCUAUGAGUGUCCUGUGUGUGGGAAGAGGUUUCAGAGACGCUCCACUCUCCUCGUACAUGAGCGGAUUCACAGAGAGGAGAGGCCUUUCCGCUGCCCUGACUGCGGGAAGGGAUUCCAACACAACUCCAGCCUCAAUGUCCACCGGCGAAUCCACACCGGGGAGAGGCCCUACGAGUGUCCUGAGUGUGGGAAGAGCUUCUCCACGAGCUCAGCCUUGACCCAACACCAACGGACGCACCACUAAGGGAAACCCUGAGAGUGCCCCGAGUGUAGGAAGAGCUUCGUGCUCUGCUCCAGCUCCAUCCUCCAUGGGAGGAUCGGUGUUGGAUGAUCCCCAGUGACCCCCGUUGGGCAGAGCCCUGGUGAUCCGUGCUCCUGGUGGUCCCUGUUGGAUGAAGGGGAAGGGUUUUUAGAAAUUUCUCUCCGUUCUCCGUGUCCUGCUGUGAUUUGGUUGGUAAUAAAUUCCCUCCCCGUG